AUGUUUGACAUCGUCCACUGGGCGGAAUCAGGACGACGGACCGUGUUUAUGCAACUGGACAGGAGACGACGUCCUAGAAUAGUCUCGUUCGAGGUCGUCGCAGAUACUGGUCACGAAAGGAAUUGUGGCUGGUUGCUGGUUUACGGAGAUUAUGCCGAAAGAGAGAAACUGGUUGAUUGUUCGACUCUACUGAGUGCUCGGGACUGCGUCAUGGUUAUCGAAUUGUCUCUGCGUCGUCACUGA